AUGAGUGUUAUACCACAAGAUGCUCAUGAAGCAUUAAUACAAUUAUUACAAAACUUGUCAUCAUCAGAUAAUAAUAUUAGAUCACAAGCUGAAAAAGUCUUGGAUCAAGAUUGGUCAGUUAAAACUAAUGUUGAAAUUUUAUUGGUAUUUUUAGCUGAACAAGCUACGCAAGGUAUAAAUGAUACUAUAAGACAAUUUGCAUCAGUUUUAUUUAGACGUAUUGCAAUAAAAUCGCCAAAAGAAUUGUCAAGUGUUACAGAUAGAACAAUAGGUGUUAUAAGUGAACCAGCAAAACAACAAAUUAGAUCUAUAUUACUAAAUGGUUUUACAUCUCAACAAUCAAAUCAAGUUAGACAUAAAUUAUCAGAUGCUAUAUCUGAAGUUUCAAAAGAAGAUGCAUCACCAUCAGGUACAUGGAAUGAAUUAAUUCCAGCCUUAUUUGAAGCCACAAAAGCUCAAGAUCCAAGUUUUAGAGAAUCUGCAUUUAGAGUUUUUUCAUCAUCACCUGAAUUAAUUGAUAAAACUUAUAUAAAUGAUGUUUUACCUAUAUAUAAUGCUGGAUUUGAUGAUUCAAAUGACGAUGUACGUAUUGCUGCUUGUACUGCUUUCGUUGCAUUUUUCAGAGAAUUACCAAAAAGUCAUUGGCAAACAUUAUCACCAUUAUUACCAAAUUUAUUAAAUUCAUUACCAAGAUUUUUACAAAAUGGUCAAGAUCAAGCUUUGGCAUCUGUAUUGGAAGCUUUAAUUGAUUUAGUUGAAUUAGCUCCAAAAAUGUUUAAAGAAAUGUUCCCAACUAUUAUUGAAUUUUGUGCAGCAGUUUCAAAAAAUAAAGAAUUGGAAUCAAAUACAAGAAUGGCUUCAUUAGAAUUAUUAACUACAUUUGCUGAAGUUUCACCAACAAUGUGUAAAUCAACUCCAUCAUAUACAAAAGAAGUUGUAUUAAUUACAUUGUCUAUGUUGACUGAAGUUUGUAUCGAUGAUGAUGAUGCAGCUGAAUGGAAUAAUAAAGAUGACAGUGAGGAUGAUGACGAUGAACCAGAAUAUGAUGCUGCUAGACAAGCUUUAGAUAGAGUUGCUUUAAGAUUAAAUGGUCAAGCAUUAGCAGCUCCAUUAUUUCAAUUUUUACCAAGUAUGGUUCAAUCAUCAAACUGGAGAGAACGUCAAGCUGCUUUAAUGGCACUAUCAUCAGCAGCUGAAGGAUGUUCAGAUGUUUUAAUGAAUGAAAUUUUUAAAAUUUUAGAUAUGAUUUUACCUUUAUUAAAUGAUGAUCAUGCAAGAGUUCAAUAUGCAUGUUGUAAUGCUUUAGGCCAAAUUUCAACUGAUUUUGCUGAUUUAAUUCAAAAAACUGCUGGUAAUAGAAUUUUACCUGCAUUAAUUUCAAAAUUAACAAAUAAAUCAGUUCCAAGAGUUCAAGCACAUGCAGCUGCUGCUUUAGUUAAUUUUUCAGAAGCUGCACAAAAAGAUGUUUUAGAACCAUACCUUGAUGAUUUAUUAAAUAAUUUGUUAACUUUAUUACAAUCACCAAAAAGAUAUGUUCAAGAACAAGUUUUAACAACAAUUGCUAUAAUUGCAGAUGCAGCAAAGAAAACAUUUAUUAAAUAUUAUGACACUUUAAUGCCUUUAUUAACCAAUGUCUUAAAAACUGAUAUGGGUGAUCAAAAUAGAUUAUUAAAGGCAAAAUGUAUUGAAUGUUCAACAUUAAUUGCAUUAGCUGUUGGUAAAGAAAAAUUUGCACCACAUGCACAAGAUGUAAUUCAAUUAUUUGCUCAUAUUCAAGAAACUGCAACUCAAGAUGAUGAUCCAGUUAAAAAUUAUUUAGAACAAGCUUGGGGAAGAAUAUGUAGAGUUUUAGGUUCAGAGUUCUUACCAAUAUUACCAUCAGUUUUACCACCAUUAAUGAAAACUGCAAAAGCAACUCAAGAUGUUUCAUUAUUGGAAGAAGAAGAAGCUGAAGAAUAUAAUUCAAAUGAAGAAUGGGAUGUUAUAAAUUUAGCAGGUAAAUGGAUUGCUGUUCAUACUGCUGCAUUAGAUGAUAAAGUAUCAGCUAUGGAUUUAUUAAGAACUUAUGCUGUACAUUUAAAAGGUGAUUUUUAUCCAUGGGUUAAAGAAAUUGUUGAAGAGAUUGCUAUACCUGGUUUAGAUUUUUAUUUACAUGAUGGUGUUAGAGGCUCUGCAGCUUUAACAUUAGCUUCAUUAUUAAGAUGUACUAUAGCUGCAACUGGUAAUAAUUCACAAGAUACAUUAAUACUUUGGUCAAAAAUUUGUAAUAAAUUAACUCAAACUUUAAAUCAAGAACCAGUUCCAGAAUUAUUGGUUGCUUAUUACGCAGCAUUAAUUGAAUCAAUAACAGUUUUAGGUCCAAAUACUAUAUCAGGAACACAAUUACAAGAAUUAGCAAAAGCUAUGAAUGCAAAUAUGAUUGAAAUUUAUGAAAGAAUAAAAGCAAGAGAUAAUGAAGAUGACGAAUAUACAGAAGAUGUCGAAGAAGAUGAAGAAGAAUAUACUGAUGAAGAAUUAUUAGAUGAAAUUAAUAAAGCAUUUUCAGUUAUAUUCAAAAAUGUCAAAGCAAACUUUUUAGAAAAUAUUCAAGUUUUAAUACCUACUUUAUCAUUAUUCAUAGCUGAAGAAAAUACAAUAGUAAAAUUAUGUGGGUUAUGUAUGGUUUGUGAUAUUCUUGAACAUGGAGGUCAAAAUUCAAUAAUGUAUAAAGAAGUAUACCUUAAUGUUAUAGCAUCAAAUUUAACAUCAUCACAUGCUGGUGUACGUCAAGUCUGUUCAUAUGCAGUUGGAGUUGCUGCACAAUAUGGUGGUGAUGAAUAUGCUGAAUUAUGUUUAGCUUGUUUAGAACCAAUGUUUAAGAUGGCUUCAGUACCAGAUGCAAGAGCAGAUGAAAAUGUUCAUGCAACUGAAAAUUCAGUUUCUGCAAUUGCAAAAGUUUGUCAUAGAUUUUCUUCAUCAGUUCCUAAUUUAGAUGCUAUUAUUGAACAAUGGAUAACAUUAUUACCAAUUGUUCAAGAUGAAAGUGCAGCUCCAUUUGCUUAUAUAUUUUUAUGUGAAUUAAUUGAUAAUCAUCAUUCUUCAAUUGCUAAAAAUAUACCAAAAGUUGUUGAUUCAGUUGUACAAGCAUUAGCAAAUGCUUCAAUAUCAGGUAAAACUGCUGAUAGAGCUGUUAAUUCAACAAGACAAUUAUUAAGUUCUAUUCCACAUCAAGAAGCUGUUGCUUUACUACAAAAGAAUCAAUCUGAUAUAGAUAUAGUUCAAAAAUACUUUUCAUAA